AUGGCGGAAGGAUCCGACGGCACCGACACGAAAUCCGACGAGGUGCCGCCGGGCUACAUUGACGGAGAGGCUCGGACAUGCCAACAGCCCACGCCGACGGCUUGGCCUUUGCCGGGAACGCGGGAUGCCACUGGCUGCAUGUCCGGUCCGAGCCGCGUGGUUUUCUUCGGUCCCCGGGCCUCGACGCCUCGACGCGGCGACCUCGACGCCAUGCAGCCGCCGCGCGACAGCCUCGCGGCGCGGAUGCUGCAGAGGGGCACCCUGCCGGGCUUGGAGCUCUUAGGGAAGGUUGCCAAGGCCACUCCCUUCUGGCCAUCCAAGCCGGAGAUCCGGGAAGUUCCUUCCGUGGCCAGCGUCGUCAGCACUCCGAAAAAGUGCCCGCCUUCAGCAUCCAGCAGGAGCCCGGCGACAUCCUCCACAAGGACCUCCCUAGGCUCAAGGAUUCGGGCGAGUUUGAGCGCAGUGUUCCAGCGGUCUCCCAGCCGCCGGAAAGUUGGGAAGCAGCGGCCCUCUCAGCUGGUGCCGGUGAAGCCACUGCCAGUGGCAAAGACUGUGGUGAAGCCGCGUCGCCGGAAGCACGGCAAGCAGCGGCCCUCCGUGCUGCUACCGCCCGAGGUGAUGAAGCUGCCCAGGCCCUGCAGUGAGCAGCGUGCGGCGUCUGCCGCGCCUCCCGCGCCUCCCGGCCCUAUCGCGGCGGCUGGCCGUCUGGCAACUCCAGCCAGAUCCACGUCCAAGAGCCAACCGGAGAAAGAGAAACGGCCAGAGAAGCAGAGCCAGGGCCAGAGCCGGGCGCCGAGCUCCGAUGUCCAACGACCCUCGAGUGAGCGGAGCGUGGCCAAGCCCCGCAAGGAGCCCAUCACCAAACGCCUGAGGCUAACGACUCCCAAGCGCGAGGAGGACAACUACGAGAUUUCGGACUUAGAGGAGGACGAGCAUGGAAAUCGCGUAGAGCCAGACCGCUCCAGAAAGCGUAUGCCUAGCUGGUGCGCCAACUACAAGCAGAUCGCAGAAACGCAGGGGGAUAUUGAUCCUGACAGCAUCUUUGGCUCGCGCAUGCCGCUGUGCGACUUAGAGCUCAUCUUCCCGGACAGCUUCUAUCAGAACCGCAGCAGCCCCGUGAAGAGGCGGAGGGGCUCGAGCUGCCACUGGUUCCGGGACGCCCUGACGAAGCGGGAGAUCCAGGCCUAUGCCUUCAAGAUGGGCCAGAAGAGGUCCUGGUCCACAGUGAGGGCAUCCCUGGGGGUCACCUGCAGGGCUCGCUCGUCGGAGCUGCCCAAGAACAAGGUGGUGGCCCUGGUAAAGCCGGCGGAGAGCCAGUAGGACCUCAGGAUGAGCGGCCGAGGCAAGGUUGUUGAGCAGAAUCCGUGCAGUCCUAGUCGGGGGCAAGCCUUGACGCCGCAGAAAUGGAGCAUUGUCUUGGCACUGGAU